UAUUUCUAUCUAGAGAUUAACGUAAACAUUGUUAAUUCUUGAUUGUUGAUCAAUUGAUUUAUCUUUUCCAUUAAGUGUAUAUGAGAGUGUGUCCCAAUUGUUUAUCGUUAAUUGGUCAACCUCAAUGUGUUACAAUUAGUAAAUCCUUUUCCCUAAAUCUUUUAACUGAUCAAAUUGAAAUGAUAAUCUAUUGAUUACAUUGAUUAAUCCGAUCUAAAUACUUAAUUGUGCCCUUCAUCACCUUAAACCAUUGAUAAUUAAACGUUUCUUUAUUUACCUUUACCAAACCAUCAAUGAUUAUCUCUAAGUGUUAAUUAGAGAGGAGAGAGAUAGAGAUUGAUAGAAAAUCUGUAAAUUGUGUAAUCUGAUUGUUAAUCAUAUUCACCUAUUUAAAUGGUCGCAAUUAAGAUCGUAGUUGUCGGUGCUAGUGCAACGGGUAAAUCGUGUUUAGUGUCAAAAUAUGUCGACAAUGUUUUCUACGAAAGUGAACCUGGUACACAUCAAGCUACCAUUGGUGCUUCUUUCAAGACUAAAACAAUUACCAUUGAAGGAAUCGAGGUUACCUUUAAUAUUUGGGAUACUGGUGGACAACAACGCUAUGAAUGUUUUGCACCCACUUUCUGCCCUGGGGCUAAAGUGGCCAUUGUCUGUUUCGAUCUGAAUAAAGAGUCCACCUUUGAAACAGCCCAACGAUGGGUGAACACUCUUGAUUCCUUAGUACCGAAUUGUAAAGUUUACAUGUGUGGAACUCAAAAGGAUCGAGUUAACAGUCAACAAUUAGCGUUCUCUGGAUUCUAUGCUCGAAUCCACGCCUUUUGCGAGGUCAUUGGAGCUCCAUUUUUCGAGACAAGUGCCAAAACUAAUGAAGGAAUUCACGAUCUAUUCAAUCGUAUUGCCUCGAGCACCAUUGAUUACAUGAUGGAAAUUGAAUCAUCCAAUAAACAUGAAAGAAAAGCGAAAGUAUCCAAAAGAAAACGACUCUGGCAAUGUUGUCCAUGUAAUCUAACAUAAUCAGGGAAACAAUUAACUAAUCAUGACGAAACUUAUUCAGUCCAAUUGAAGAUGACAAAAUUGCUUUUCUUUUCCUUCAGCAAUUAACUAAAAUACUUAUUUCAAAGUCAAUCAAUAUUAAUUAUCAUUGGUAUUAAAAAUGUUCAAUGUGAAUGGUAAAUUUUUGUAUUGUUUUAUUGUUAAAUCACAAUUUAAUUGUAAUUAAACUUUGGGUUUACAAUAACGAGAGUAAAUUAAUUAGGUAAAUUGUUAAUAAUCAAUAGACACACAGAAUUAAAUUUUGUAUUUUCCUUGUAACUGUAAAUGAAA